AUGCGACGUCAAAUUGUUCGCACAUCAGAACAAUUCGUCGACCCCACCAACACACAGAUUUGGCAAGGGGGCAUUCAAAUCAACCGCAUUGCACCGUCCGUUACCCCGCGACUCCAACUCAGCUACACGAAUGUCUCCAACCAGCCUACCUCAACCCUCAUCGAGGACAAAAAGCUGGUAGUGGUCCGGGAGGAGGUGGCUCGACAGAAGGAGCGAGUGUUGAUGCUGGAUGAGAGGAACCGAGAUUUGGAAAAUGAGUUGAGGCGUGCACUGGGUGUUGUGGGCGAGAGGAGUGUGGCGACUGCUGCUGUGGUGGAGGAGAAGGGGAGAGAGGUGGCAGCAGUGAAGGGGGAUGUGAUUCGAAUCAGUGCUGAGUUGGCAGUAGUGAAUGGGAAUCUGACUGCAGUGACGGGGAAGGUGGCUGCACUGAAAGGGGAGGUGAAUGCAAUGAAGGGGGAGGUAAAUGCAGUGAAGGGGAAGGUGAGUGCAGUGAAGGGGGAGGUCAAUGCAGUGAGGGGGGGGAUGAACGGAGUGAAGGGGGAGGUGAAUGCAGUGAAGCGGGGAGUGAGUGCAGUGACGGGGGAGGUGAAUGCAGUCAAGGGGGAGUUGAAUGCGAUGAAGGGGGAGUUGAAUACAGUCAAGGGGGAGUUGAAUGCAGUCAAGGGGGAGUUGAAUGCAGUCAAGGGGGAGUUGGAAGCAGGGAAACGGGCGUUGGCUGAGCACAAGCAGUCAACUACAUUGCAGGUGGAGGAGGCUGAGAGGAGACGAGGGGCGGAGAUGAGGGGGAUGCGAGGGCAGGUGGAGGAAUGGGAGAGGGAGCUGGCAGCAGUGAAGGGGGAGUUGGCUACAGUGAAGAAGGAUGCUCCCAGGAAGUUGGAUGUUGACCUGCAAAUCAGGCAGAGUGCAGGCGAUCAGAAGACUGCAUGGCAGGUGUGUGCUGGGUGA